AACUUCUCUUCACCCGCCGUUUUCUUGCUUCCGCCUUCUUAUAUACUAACAAGACUUCCCUUUCCAUUUCAAUUCCAAUUCCAAUCCAAUUGUCUCAGCUCCUUCUCGUUCACUUUCUCUCCCCACAGCUCAACUCCUCGCCUUCAAUGGCUACUUGUGUUGGCGCUUCGACGGCGCGUAUAAACGGAUCCGACCCACUUUCUCGGAACCCAAACGGGGGCCAGUCCAUCCAUCAUUCCUGCAACUAUGUGAAAUUCUGCCGACCCACUUUCUCUGAUCGUUCUCCGGCCGUCCCUGGGUCCAUGAACGGCGUCAAUAACUUACAUACGCGUACGUCGCCGGAGGAGCUUCACCAGCGGGAUGAAGAAGCGGAUAAUGAUUAUGAUGAUGACAAUCUCUGGGCCAAGAUGCAGGAGGAAGCAAGGUUAGAUGUGGAACAAGAGCCGAUUCUGUCUCCCUAUUACCAUGCUUCGAUUCUAUCUCACCAAUCUCUGGAAAUGGCGUUGGCGAAUCAUCUCUCCCUCAAAUUGUGCAGUUCAAGUCUUCCCAGCGGAACCCUAACCGAUCUCUUCAUUUCCACCCUCACUGAAAACAAAGAAAUCAUGGGAGCUGUGAAGUAUGAUCUGAGAGCCGUCAAAGAACGAGACCCAGCUUGCAUAAGCUAUGUCCAUUGCUUCCUCAAUUUCAAAGGCUUUCUGGCUUGCCAGGCUCACAGAAUUGCUCACCAAUUAUGGUCUGAAGCAAGAAACAUGUUAGCCCUUCUGAUUCAGAACAGAGUUUCUGAGAUAUUCGCUGUAGAUAUCCAUCCAGGAGCACAAAUUGGAAGGGGGAUUUUGCUAGAUCACGCAACAGGAUUGGUAGUAGGAGAAACUGCGGUAAUAGGCAACAAUGUGUCAAUUCUGCAUAAUGUGACAUUGGGAGGAACUGGGAAAGCUUCAGGAGAUAGACAUCCCAAGAUUGGUGAUGGAGUUCUUAUAGGCGCUGGAACUUGCAUUUUGGGGAACAUAAGGAUUGGUGAAGGUGCUAAGAUUGGUGCUGGUUCCGUAGUUCUGAAAGAUGUGCCUCCAAUGACUACUGCAGUUGGAAACCCAGCUAGAUUGAUAGGAGGGAAGGCUAAUCCUGUAAGGCUGGACAAGAUUCCAAGUUUCACUAUGGAUCAUACUUCACAUAUUUCUGAGUGGUCUGACUACGUUAUUUAGAUUAUGCUAGUUUCUAAUCCUCAAUUAUAUGCUACAGCUUUAUUGUUUUACUGUUAUUACUAUUAUUAUUUCUGGGUUAAUAAGCUACAGAGGUAUUGUUAUAUGUUAGGGUGAUCGUAAUGCGGGGGAUUCUUGUUUGUUUGAUAAGUGAGGAUCCAUAUUCUCCUGCAACCAACCAGAGAGAGCCCUUGAGAGGUUUGGUGCUAAAAAUAAGAGAGUAGUUUCGUGUAGCAGUAAUUUUGAUUUUUGAUAUGUUGUAAGGUACAAAGACUACCUUUUGUUAUGCAAUAAUGGAUCUUGCUACUAUUACAUUCA